AUGGCCCCGGUUCUGGAAUCCCAUGCGGAGGUAGCAAAACACGUGGAGUUUCUCAACCUAGAUGAUACCAAUGACAUUCAAUCUGAAAACAGGAGGCAUGUGCUACCAGAGGAAAUCAUUACAACCCCAUUAUUUUCUUUGCCAUCUCGGUUAGUGCUCGCUGCGAGAUACCCCGGGAACGGCAAUGAGGGGAAUCAUAUAUUUCCUCAGUAUGGUCUUAUCGGUCACAGGGCCCAGGACUCCUCCAAUUCGAUCUCUGGGAACUCUCUGGUGUACAUGAAUUCAGCCGCCCCAUGGUCGACAUUCAUAUGUGGAAGCCAAGGUAGUGGGAAAAGUCAUACCCUGUCUUGUCUGCUGGAGAAUUAUCUCUUUCCGUCGUCUCCCGUUGGUCAUCUAACUGCACCGCUCUCUGGCGUCAUUUUUCACUAUGACAGGUUCACAGGCUUUUCCAACACCCAAAUAUGUGAGGCAGCCUAUUUAUGCUCGUCUCAAAUUCCAGUUCGAGUGUUUGUUUCUCCAACAAACUUUCUGGCCAUGAAGAAAGCAUACACCAAUCUUCCAGGUCUCGGUGACGUGUCAGAAAAGCUGACGGUUGAGCCCAUGUAUUUGCCAGUUAAGGGUCUCAACAUUAGCAUGAUGAAGACCUUAAUGGGUAUUGAAAGCAUGGCAGGUCAACCAUUAUACGUUGAGAUGGUCAUGAAGAUCCUACGUGAUAUGGCUAUCACAAACCAAGGACGUGACACGUUCGAUUACGCAUUGUUCAAAUGCAUUCUGGAAGAAGAGGAAUUCAUGAAAACGCAACAGACCCCUCUUCGAAUGCGGCUGGACGGUUUGGAAUCUUUUUUUGAACCGGGCUCUGUGCCUGGAGCCAAAAAAAACAUGAAGGCCUCAGCUCGAGCAGAAACCCAGUGGACUUUUGCCAAGGGCUCGCUGACAAUCAUCGAUCUGAGCUCGCCCUUUAUUGGACCUGAUGAUGCAUGUGCGUUGUUCAACAUUUGCAUUUCCCUUUUCCUUGGAGAUCAACAUCAGUCUGGCCGUAUUCUCGCAUUUGAUGAGGCUCAUAAGUUCCUCACAUCAACAUCAUCAGAGGCUUUAGAUCUUACAGAAACUCUUCUCUCGAUUGUUCGUCAACAACGCCACCUCGGGACACGAGUUGUGAUCGCCACCCAGGAACCUACAAUUGCGCCAUCACUCCUCGAUCUUUGCAAUAUGACCAUCAUACACCGUUUCACAUCUCCGGCAUGGUUUCAAUCCAUUAAAGCCCAUCUCGCGGGCGCGGAUGCUGACAAAUCAUACACAAAAGAUAUUGUUGAACGUGACCUGUUUCGACGUAUUGUUCAGCUCUCUACUGGAGAAGCACUCCUAUUUUGCCCAACUGCCUUGUUGGAUGUUAUACGGGGUAAUGUGGAGCUUGGAAUGCAGUCAAAGCUCCAUGGCUCAAAUAGCAUGAUUGACAACGAGGAAAUCACAGCGGACAGUCAUCGACCAAUUCAGCUGGGUACCAACUAUGCUCACAUUCGAAUUCGGAAACGCGUGACUGCUGAUGGUGGGCGAAGUCUCAUCGCACAGUGA